AUGAGCGAAACCUUCGACACCGUGGUAAUCGGUGGCGGUGUGAUGGGUUGCGCGACUCUCCAUUACCUCGCCGACCUCGGCAUCACCGACACCAUUCUCCUCGAACGUGACACGCUAGCAUCUGGCUCCACCGGACGUUCGACGACCAUCCUCAGGAUGCACUACUCCAACCGCGUCACCGGCGAGAUGGCGUGGUGGAGCAGGGACGUGAUGGACAAGUUCGAUGAAAUUACCGGCUCGCCGAGCGGAUACCGCGAGAAUCAGUGGAUUCUCGUCCCGGGACCUGGUAGCAAUCAAGCUGCAAUCCAAAACGUUGAACUAGGCCAGUCAAUUGGCAUCGACACCGAGGUCCUUGAUGUCGAUGAAGCCGAGAAACGAUGGCCCUACAUGCGCUUUGCCGACACCGAAUGCGUCGUCUGGGAGCCAAAAUCAGGAUUCGCCGAUUCGCACCUCGUAACGCGCGGCUUCGCAAAUUCCGCGCGAGACCGUGGCGCAAUCGUCAGGUUAGGUGUGACAGUCACGGACAUCAUGAUCGAUCAUGGACGGGCGAUCGGCGUCAAAACCAUCAGGAGACAUAUUCGCUGA